UUUCAUAGCCAUGUUUGCUUGCAGUUAGUGAAGAAGGCUGGGAAGGAAGUGCAGUUGAUUUCGGGCUGCUCCCAUUAGCCUGUGUACCUGUAGACGAGACUACCGUUCUUAAUAUAGCUUCUUCAAGAGUGAAACCUUUACUUUGAGCACUAGUACCUGUCAAGAGAAUCCAAGAACAAUCUCAUGACCUAAAUAAAAAUGAGCCCAUAGCAAAUAAGCCCAGGUGAGCAACACAAGAUCGGCAGCGGGAACACACGGGAAGACAAUGGAAACGGUCGUCAUCGUGGCCAUUGGCGUCCUGGCCACAAUAUUCCUGGCCUCCUUUGUUGCUCUGGUGGUGGUCUGCAGACAGCGCUACUGCCGUCCCUCUCAUCUGCUGCACCCGUUUGACUCCAAGCCUACAGUGGACCUGAUUGGUGCGAUGGAGACCCAGAGCGAGCCUUCCGAGCUGGAGCUGGACGAUGUUGUGAUUACAAACCCUCACAUUGAGGCCAUACUGGAGAAUGAAGACUGGAUCGAAGACGCAUCGGGCCUUGUGUCGCACUGCAUUGCUAUAUUGAAGAUUUGCCAUACACUGACAGAAAAGCUUGUUGCUAUGACGAUGGGUUCAGGAGCUAAAGUCAAGGCUCCAGCUAGUCUCAGUGACAUCAUCAUUGUUGCAAAACGCAUCAGUCCACGGGUGGAUGAUGUGGUACGCUCAAUGUACCCCCCUCUGGACCCUAAACUUCUGGAUGCAAGGGCAACAGCACUUCUGCUGUCGGUCAGUCACUUGGUUUUGGUGACCAGGAAUGCUUGUCACAUGUCCGGGGGCAUGGACUGGAUAGACCAGUCUUUGAAUGCGGCCGAGGAUCACAUGACUGUCCUUCGAGAGGCUGCCCUGGCCUCCGAGCCUGAAAGAAACCUGCCAGGAGCGGAAGCCUUUCGUCAGGAGCAGUCCACCAUAUAGAGCUGUGCUCCUGACUGGGAGAGAAACUGCUAAAGCAUUACACAAUGCUGUGUUUGUUAGAUGCUCAUAAUUCAUUAUCUGGUCGUGCAGUUUUUUUUUUUUUUAUGUAGCAGUAACCUGUAGAAGGCAGGGGAGUUGUACUUGUAAGGCUGCUGGGAGAUUUCAUUUUCUCUGUAGCCUGCACCAUUUUAAGUAUGUAGUAUAUAAUAUAUAUAUAUAGUAGUACCUUGGCUUUAACAAGUUCGUGUCGGGAAAGCAUGCUCUGGGCUCUUUAUUGGCAAUAAGACAAAUCUUAAACAAAACCUGAUAAACAUGCAUCAAGCUAAACUACGAUGAUCAAACAAGUCGACACAAGGGAGUAAGUAAUGAUAAAAAGUGUAUAAUAUCUAUAAUAUCACUUUGUGAAUCAACCUGAUCUAUAAAUAUGGAUUUCAAAGCAUACUAUUACCAUGAAUGUGAUUCAUUACCAGUUCAUUGUAUGUGAGUAUUACACAAAUCAAUUG